AGAGCCGGGCGGCCCUUCCCGGCGGCGGCGGCGGACGCGGAGGGACGCGGCGGGCGCGGGGCGCGGGGCGGCGGCGCGGGGCGUUGGGGACACGGCCGGGCGGCGCCCACCCUCCUUGGCGCCCGGGGGCGGCGCGGCGAUGGCCGGGGCGCGCGGGGCGGCGGCGGCGGCGGCGGGCGGGCGGCGGCGGGCGGAGGGGGCGCGGGAACACAGCCGGGCGCCCCUGCCCGCCGCGGUGCCCGCCGCCUGAAGGCUGCCCGGGCGCGGGAGCCGGUGCCAGCUCGGCGCGGGCGCUGGAGGCGACUCGAGGCGCGAUGUCGGUGCCGCUGCUCAAGAUCGGGGUUGUGCUGAGCACCAUGGCCAUGAUCACCAACUGGAUGUCCCAGACGCUGCCCUCUCUGGUGGGCCUCAACACCACCAAGCUCUCGGCGGCCAGCGGCGGGACGCUCGACCGCAGCACCGGCGUGUUGCCCACCAACCCUGAGGAGAGCUGGCAGGUGUACAGUUCUGCCCAGGACAGCGAAGGCCGGUGUAUCUGCACAGUGGUCGCGCCCCAGCAGACCAUGUGUUCACGGGAUGCACGCACAAAACAGCUGAGGCAGCUACUGGAGAAGGUGCAAAACAUGUCUCAAUCCAUAGAGGUCUUGGACAGGCGGACUCAGAGAGACUUACAGUACGUGGAGAAGAUGGAGAACCAAAUGAAAGGCCUGGAGUCCAAGUUCAAGCAGGUGGAGGAGAGCCAUAAGCAACACCUGGCCAGGCAGUUCAAGGCGAUAAAAGCGAAAAUGGAUGAACUUAGGCCUUUGAUACCUGUGUUGGAAGAGUACAAGGCCGAUGCCAAAUUGGUAUUGCAGUUUAAAGAGGAGGUCCAGAAUCUGACGUCAGUGCUUAACGAGCUGCAAGAGGAAAUUGGCGCCUAUGACUACGAUGAACUUCAGAGCAGAGUGUCCAAUCUUGAAGAAAGGCUCCGUGCAUGCAUGCAAAAACUAGCUUGUGGGAAGCUGACUGGUAUAAGUGACCCUGUGACUGUCAAGACCUCCGGCUCAAGGUUCGGGUCCUGGAUGACAGACCCUCUGGCCCCAGAAGGUGAUAACCGGGUGUGGUACAUGGACGGAUACCACAACAACCGCUUCGUCCGCGAGUACAAGUCCAUGGUGGACUUUAUGAACACGGACAAUUUCACCUCCCACCGCCUGCCCCACCCGUGGUCGGGCACAGGGCAGGUGGUCUACAACGGGUCCAUCUACUUCAACAAGUUCCAGAGUCACAUCAUCAUCAGGUUCGACCUGAGGACGGAGACCAUCCUGAAGACGCGCAGCCUGGACUACGCCGGCUACAACAACAUGUACCACUACGCCUGGGGCGGCCACUCGGACAUCGACCUCAUGGUGGACGAGAACGGGCUGUGGGCCGUCUACGCCACCAACCAGAACGCCGGCAACAUCGUGAUCAGCAAGCUGGACCCCGUCUCCCUGCAGAUCCUGCAGACCUGGAACACCAGCUACCCCAAGCGCAGCGCCGGAGAGGCCUUCAUCAUCUGCGGGACCCUCUACGUCACCAACGGCUACUCGGGGGGCACCAAGGUGCACUACGCCUACCAGACCAACGCCUCCACCUACGAGUACAUUGACAUUCCCUUCCAGAACAAAUACUCGCACAUCUCCAUGUUGGACUACAACCCCAAGGACCGCGCCCUGUACGCCUGGAACAACGGCCAUCAGAUCCUCUACAACGUGACCCUCUUCCACGUCAUCCGCUCCGACGAGUUGUAGUUGCCUCUGCCCGAGGCCUAGAGUCCCAGUGCUCACCUAAAGGAAACCCCUGUGACACAGCUGCCAAAAAGAUACUAAUAACACUAAUUCUGAAACAUCAUCAGCAGUGCGGAUUCCGACACCGAGGGAUGGCAUUACCUCUUAAGUUUCUCCCCUUGCAGCCGGUGGGCGACAGGCUUGGGAAGAAACCCCUGUAUUUGCAGCUGGAACUGCAGCCCGAGGCGCCUGGCCCCCUCCCCCGCCCCCUGGUCAAACAACAUACUAAAGAAGCAAGGCGGUGACUGUUGGCCCCUCUCGCCCGAGAACACCCGCUGUUAGGGCCGCAUGGACAUUCCCGGCGGUUGAGUCAGCUCCGAGGGAUGUGAUCGUCCUGUGUCCUUGAGAGCGCCGGGCCGUGCUUGGCAGUGGCUAGUUUAGCGCGCCCCAUCGCAGUGCUGUUUCCUGACCGUGUUGUCGUCUCUCAGAUUAACUGUACCGCGACCCCAAGUAGUGCAAGGACCCGUGUCUAGUGCCCCCUGACGCGAAGGUCAGAGUGUGCGGAACGAAGUUGCUGUGCCCACGUCGUCCGAACUCGCGUACCCCGUAGAUAUAUCGUGCAGUGUCUGUCCGUUAGUUCCUUGAGGUGGUAACUGUGUGUGUUCGGUUUAUGCAGUGAAUGUUGUACAUGCAAUGCCGUAGUUUGGAUUACUAAGUGGAUGGUUUUUGUUUCUCAAAAGAAAAAAAAAAAAAAUCAGUGUUCACCCUUAUAGAGACAUAGUCAAGUUCAUGUUGAUAAUAAUCAAAGGAAUUAUUCUCUUCUUGUUAAACUAUCUAAAUCAUGUAACCGCAGAUAAGAAGGGCUUGUCUAGGGAAACCUCGGUUUCCAAGGGGAAAGGAAUGUCAUGAGGGUAACUGUGAGGAAAGUACAUUUUUUAAGUAAAAAACAAAAAAAAAAAACAGAGGAAAACUUUGUACUAUCCAGUUAUCUAAGGAACAAUAAAAACACUAGGAGAUGU